AUGGGAGGUCAUCGUAUGAAUUAUCCAAAGGAUGUUUGGACACCAACUGGAGGUUAUUACACCAACUCAAAGAAUGCUCCACGUAAUUUUAAAAUUGCUCUAGGUGUUGUAUUCUUAUUAGCAAUUCCAGUUUUUAAAAUCAGCGCAACAUUCGAGAGAAGAGCCCGUCCACCACUUUAUUCAAUCCCUUCGGAACGUUGGACAUCACACCCAGAAGAUUUCAAGAAAUCAGAUUAA